AUGGACCCCUCCGCUCGUACCUCCCCAGCCUCAAACGCCAACCCGAGCACCUCCACACUAAGCCAUCGACCAGCCAGUCGACGCCAAACAGACUCACCCGAAAGCAGAACCAGCAGCAACAAUAACAAUACACCCAUCCCGGAUGAAGAACAUGGCGCCGAUAUGCCCAUGACCAUGUCCGCGUCCGUGGUGCUGACUAGUCUGCCGCGUGAUGCGCAUCAGGCGUUGGCGGAUGCGGAGAAUAUUGAUACGGGGAAGGUCACGGUUCGCUUCCAGCCUCUGCCGUCAGCGCCUAUUCUUAAGAAUCGGGUGUUUAAGAUUAGUGCUUCGCAGAAGUUCGAGACGGUUGUUAAGUUUUUGAGGAAGAAGUUGGACUGCAAAGAUACGGAUUCGGUGUUUUGUUAUGUUAACAGUGUUUUUGCGCCUGGGUUGGAUGAGGGUGUUGGUGGGUUAUGGAGGUGCUUCAAAACGGAUGAGCAGCUUAUUGUUGCAUAUUCAAUGACGCCUGCGUUCGGCUAA